AUGCCUCCCCUCCACCGCACACUGCCCGCCCUACGGCGUAUACGCCUCGCCAACACCCGCUUCCAAACAUGCUCUCGCCUCCAGACCUGUCGAAGUCCAGUAUACUCCAUCGCCCAACAGUCAAGAUGGCAAGCUACCGCCGCCCACGAGGCGCAACCCACAGCCGACGAGGGCGACGCUUCGAAAGACACUCCCGUGAAAGAAAUCCGCUACACCUCCGAGUCCUACCCACAAGUCCAAAGAGACUCGCGAUUCAAAGAGCUAUCUUCGGAUGAUGUCAAGGCGUUUCGAGACAUACUGGGCAAUGCCUCGAGUGCCAUGGUCGAUGGGCUCAGCGAGGACGCAUCAGACGACAUCGAAGGCUACAACGCAGACUGGAUGAAGAAAUACCGCGGCCAUGCCCGUCUCGUCCUCAAACCCUCCAGCACAGAACAAGUCAGCAAGAUCUUGAAAUACUGCAACGACAACAGCAUAGCCGUCAACCCGCAAGGCGGCAACACCGGGCUCGUGGGAGGUUCUGUCCCGGUGUUCGACGAAGUCAUCAUCAACCUCUCCCGCAUGUCGCAGAUCCGCUCCUUCGACGACGUCAGCGGUACUCUCGUCGUCGACGCCGGCGUCAUCCUCGAGUCCGCUGAUUCUUAUCUCGCCGAACGCGGCUACAUCUUCCCGCUCGACCUGGGCGCGAAGGGGUCUUGUCAGAUCGGCGGCAACGUCGCGACCAACGCUGGUGGUCUGCGUCUCCUGCGCUACGGAAGCUUACACGGCAACGUCUUAGGCCUGGAAGCGGUCUUGCCGGACGGCACCAUCAUGGACGACCUCACCAUGCUGCGCAAGAACAACACCGGCUACGACCUCAAACAGCUCUUCAUCGGCGGCGAAGGCACCAUCGGCAUCGUCACUGGCGUGAGCAUCAUCUGUCCGCAGCGCAGCCCCGCGGUCAACGUCGCAUACUUUGGGCUGGAAUCGUACGAGAAAUGCCAGCAAGCGUUCCGCGAAGCGAAGAAGCAGCUUUCUGAGAUUCUUUCGGCGUUCGAGAUGAUGGACGGCAACUCGCAACUCCUCUACUCGCGGGCAUCUGGUGCGAAGCUGCCGUUGGAAAGCGAGUACCCGUUCUACUGCCUCGUCGAGACGAGCGGUAGCAACACCGACCAUGACAGUGAGAAAUUGAACACGUUCCUCGAGCACGUCAUGGGCGAGGAAAUCGUCUCGGACGGCGUCGUCGCGGAGAACGAAACGCAGCUGCAAUCCCUCUGGGCGUGCCGCGAGGGCGUCAGCGAGGCCAGCCAACACUUCGGCGGGGUCUACAAGUAUGACCUGUCGAUCCCGCUGCAAGAACUAUACGGUAUCGUGGCAGAGUGCCGGCAGCGGAUGGAGGAGCAGGGACUCAUGGGCGAGGGCGAGGACAAGCCGGUAGUGGAUGUAGUGGGGUACGGACACAUGGGAGAUUCGAAUCUGCAUCUGAACGUGGCGUGUCGACGGUAUGAUAAAGCGGUGGAGAAGGCGCUGGAGCCGUGGGUGUAUGAGUGGGUGAAGGAGAGGAAGGGAAGUAUUAGUGCGGAGCAUGGGCUGGGGUUGGCGAAGAAGGAGUUUAUUGGGUACAGUCGGAGCGAGAACAUGAUUAAGCUGAUGAAGCAGGUGAAGGAUUUGUACGAUCCGAAGGGAAUCAUGAAUCCGUACAAGUACCUCUGA